GGAAAAGACCAGAUGCGCCGCGAUUCGGCCCAUUCGCGACCCCUGACUUGAGCUAGAGAACACGGGCACAGUGAUUAAUUCCAUCGAUGUCCUCCUCGACGGGAAAUCCCUUCGCCGGCGUCGGAGGAGGCGGCGGAGUCCAUCAAUGGUGUUCGACGACGUCGGUGUCGUCGUCGAGUAAGAGGAUACAGAAGGAGAUGGCGGAGCUGAACGCGGAGCCGCCUUCCGAUUGCUUUGCGGGCCCCAAAGGCGACAACCUCUACAAUUGGGUCUCCACCAUCAUCGGACCUCAAGGAUCGCCAUAUGAAGGUGGCAUAUUUUUCCUUGACAUUACAUUUCCAUUGGCUUAUCCUUUCAAACCACCCAAGGUGAUAUUUAGAACUCGAAUAUACCACUGUAAUGUUGAUUCUUCCGGCGAAGUAAACCUGGACAUCUUGAAGGACAGCUGGAGUCCCGCCUUAACAAUUUCAAAAGUGUUAAUAGCUAUCAAAACCAUCUUCACCAAUCCCGAUCCAUAUAACCCACUUGUUUCAAGCAUUGCUCGCUUAUACCUGACUGAUAGAGCUAAGCAUGAUGAGAUAGCUUCAGAGUUCACUAUGCGUUUUGCUCGUUGAGCUGUGUGCUGCUAGAUUGUCACUCAGGUAGCAUUUGGCCCUUCAGCCAUUAGAGAUUUGUACUAUUUUGUGAUUAGAUGUGGACAUCAUAUAUUCAUUCUGCAUGUAAAACCUUUUCCUGGAGUUGUACCCUUGUUGUAACCAUUCAUAUUUCAGAUUUUAUGUGAAGAUGUACCAAUACUGUGCAUAGGUCUUUUUUGUGUGUGCAAUAUAACAUUUGUGUA